GGUUGGUAACAGCGAGCGAUCGAGGUAUUACAGCCAGUAACGAGUUGAAUGUGGCUCAAAACGCUUCGGUGAACGCUGGCCAACAACGUUAAAAAUAUUAAAACGGAUAAAAAUCAAUUAAUUUUGUUGUAUUUAAAUUAUAUAAAUAAAUAAAAUUAUUAGUGGUUCGAGUAUGCUUAAAAGAAACGUGUAAAGCUGUGAAAAAACUAAAAGGAAAACCUACGAAAAAUGCUGUGAAACCUGGCCAAUCUAAACUCGUUUGCACCAAUACACAUGUGAAUACGUAUAAAGGCAACAAAAAAUACUCAGACUCCAGAAGCCAACAAUUAAAAGAGAAGUCAGUAAGCGUCUGGGCCGCGUUAUUGGUGUAUGAAUCACACUUUGGAUACGUUUAAAAAUAGCAAAACAAAAACCUUCCGAGGAGGAAACCAAUUUAUCCCAGUAGUUACAUAAAACCGCGCUCAGCCAUAACUGCAAUAUAUCCGGAAUAAAACGAAACAUACUUCAAAUGCCGUCCAGAAAAAUGAGCGCCCUAUCGCUUUCCAUUGGCGGAAUACCGUUGAUACCAAGCUUUUCUUUGGUAGCAGCGGCCAAUGGAGACAGUAAGGAAUGCCAUGGAAUGAUUUGUCAUCCGGUGAAUGAAUUUUGCUAUGUUGUAACGGAGCGCUGUCGCCCAUGCAUCGAGGUCUGCAAUAAUCAAACCCACAACUUCGAUGCGACAUUGUGCCUCAGGGAAUGCUCAGCUUACAAGACAUUUGAGCCGCUGAAGGCGGAGAUGUUGGACAUCCAGAAUACCCAACAUUUGAUCCUCUUGCUGCUGACCAUCCUCCUUGUUCUGAUCGCCGUUCGCUGGACCUUCCAAUUCCUUCGGUGGGUGGGUUGCAAUCGGUUCUUCCAGAAGCUGUUGCGCCGCCUGCAAUCAAAGGCAUAUCCUCAAACGGUGACUUCGAAUGGAAAGGACCUCAAUGCCACCACUAUACAGAACAUGAGUGCCAUCAACCGCCACGGCGACCUUGAGCGGGCGCAGUCGCAAAUCUACAGUGUGGCAGGUGUCGCCGAGGGUUCCGUUGUGACCAUGACAACGCCGGUGAGCACUCGCUAUCCGGCGGAAAACAGUACCACGCCCACUACGGUUAUGACGGAGAUCGGUUAUGGAUACGAUAAUCAGGCCAUGGUAGUAACGCCGAUUUCCGAGAAACCCUCAACGGCGACCGUUGCCGUCGCUUUCUAAAGCCAUAAACAUGUGUACUUCAAAAGAACUCUUGAACUUAAAUCAGUCCAGCGAAAGCAAAAUGUGCACCACAUUGAAACUAGUGAUAUUCUUGUAAAUUGUUAAGCAAAAAGCCCCCUUUCGAUAUUUAAUACACAAUCAAGUGUAUAGGAUAAGCUCUUUAUAUACAAACUUGUGAUUAUUUGUAUAUAUUUAUACUGGUUAAUAUUAGGUGUAAGCACGUUUUAUUUCUUCUCUUUAUGAAAACCAAUGCGGCCGAAAAUACUUAAUUAAAUACGAGCUGUAUAACAUGUACUACUAAUUUAAGGUA